ACCACACCACUCCCCCGUUUAUCCCCGGGUUCUAAAUAAAAAACUCCGCCCCCCGGCCCCCCGCGCCCCCAAAAAAAAAAAUGUGCCGUUAUUGUGAGCCCCCCCCCCCCGGACUGGUCAGCUGCCUGCUAUUAUUUAAUUAGAAGUAGGGCAUAGUAAAAAGUCACAUGUCAUCAUUCAUCUAACUAUACACAAAUAUUUUAGAAAUACAUGAGUACUGUGUUACGAGGAGUUCUCUGGAGAAGUGUGAAAUGCUAUAAUAUCCAAAAAUAACCAGACGAGUUUUGUUUCCUUGAAAAAUUUAUCAAGAGAGGUUUUCUCCGAGCGUCGCUUUUAGAGUGAUAUAAAAAAAUGGGUUAUUGACACGAGCUAUUGACACUCCCAGGAGUGUCAACAAAGAGCUACUGCCACGCCCGGGCGUGUCAACAAGAAGCUAUUGGCACUUCCUGGGCGUGUCAAUAAGGUGCUAAGAUGAAAAAAUCUUCUGAAUAUUUUCCUUGAGGUUCAUAGCAAGCAGUUUUAUUCAUUUUCACAGACUAACUGAGUAUAAGUAUAAAUAAAAUUUUGCUUUUUUUUCUCUAAUUUUCUUUUAUAACCAAUUCUUAAAAAUAAGCCUGCAGAUUUAUCUUCAUUAGAAAAUGAUAUUUAUAUAGUCUUCUCUGAUGAGAUUCAUACCUAUAUCUCACUUUUAUCAAAAAAUAUAUCCGUUCGCAUAGAUUAACAUUUUUUUUCCGAUAGAUAUAUUCUUAUAUAAAGGCAUGAUUUAUCUUUAUUUCUUCACCGUUUCCAGAGAGCUUCACUUCAAGACUUUGGAAAACAAUUCGAAAACGAUCCGUCUUUUCUCUUGAUUACUUUUUCACUAUACACUUUUUCUUUAAAAAUAAAUAUUAUAUAAUAUUAAUAAAUAUUACUAGUUGAGUAGUGUAUAAGUCAAAAGUUCAAUUCAACUAUCCAAUUAUUCCAGUGUUAAUUCAAUUCUACAUUCACUCUCACCACCCCCACUCCCCUCCGCCGCGACCUCCUGCCUCAUUCGUGUUCAAGUGGAAAAUUUACCACCUCCAGCGCAAAACUGGAUAGCUCUGGAUGAUGAACUAUUUAAAUCUAUUGCAGCUGAACUACAUCCCAAUACAUCAAUACUAUGGUUAAAAGAUAUAUGGCAAAAUAAUACAAAUAAAACAAAAUUCCAAAUAUUAUCUGAAUACGAACGAUCUGAAGGUCUUGAUAAAGAAAAUGAUGAUGUCAGCAGCAUAAUUACACCUGUUAAUAAGGAAUCAUCGUCAACACUUGAACCAUGUUGUUUGUAA